AUGGUGUCCCUUAAAUUUAGACGAAGCGAGGAGUCUGACAGGACCGGCGAGCAGCGCGAUCGAGAGGAUGAGCGACGACACGAUGAGCCAGAUGAGCGCACACGACUGCUCCCGCGCGAGCCCCCGGCCUAUCUGAGCCCUGAUGACCCUGCUGUCUCUCCCUACAACCUCUGGGGCAUCCGAGCCCUACGAGGCCUCUCCUCCCUCUUCCUCGCCAUCAGCUUCAUCUGGUGGACCUUCCUUCUCGUCUCCCUCUUCGUCAGUCCACCCAUGAUGCACUCGCGCGGAUCCGGAUUCUUCAGUUUCGCCUACACGACUCUGACAACCGGGUAUCUCCUGCUUGGACUCCUGUUCUUCGCUAUCCCGUCGAAACCCAUGUCCGUAUCCGGUAUCAUCAUCGCCAUCUUCCUCCUCAUCGACAUGAUCCUUACUCUAGCCGUCCCUCGCAUCCGGCUUGAAGAAGGCUGGGUGGGAGUCGCAUCGGUAGUCUGGGCAGCUUUCAUCUCUCUCUAUACUAUCGUCCAGAACCACUCCGUGGCAUGGGGUAAGCGGGAGGAAGAGGAGCGUCUGACAGGGCGGCCGGAAACCCGCCGUCCCCUGCGCGAAUGGGUCGCUGUUCUCAUUCAGACCGUCUUCCUGGUCAUUUUCGCUAUCAUUGUCAUCCUGUUUACCGCCACCUUGAUCCUUCGCGCCCGCGAUGCAUCCCUCCCCGCCCCCGGCAAGAAAUACUACGUUAACGGCGACAGCUACCAAGUACACCUCCACUGCGUCGGUAACGCUACCCACAGUCUUCAGAAUGACACCCCGACGGUCCUCAUCGAAGGCGGCGACUGGCCCGUCGAACAUACCCUGCAGCCAUUCAUCCACGAUGCAUACCAGUCCGGCCUCGUCCCUCGUUACUGCUACUGGGAUCGUCCCGGCUUCGGCUGGUCCGACAACGCGCCCUCCCCCUUCUCUGCCGGCAUGGCAGCAGAUGCCCUAUCCGAAGCACUCGCUCUCGCCGGCGAAGAGGGCCCCUGGAUCCUCGUUUCGGCCAGCGUUGGUGGCAUCUACAGCCGCAUCUUCGCCAGUCGCCACCUGCUCGAGAUCUCUGGAAUCGUUCUGAUCGACAGCCUCCACGAAGACUACCUCAGUAACAUCGGCUCCCCGGGCCGCGGCUUCACACUCUGGCUCCGCGGCAUCUUCACCCCGCUAGGACUGGACCGUAUCGCCGGAGCCAUCUUCAAGGGACGCACGCGCGAAGACCGCGUCUACGGCCGCAGCUCCUACCAAACGGGGAAGAUCGUCAAGGCGAAAUUACAGGAGAACCUUGUUGCUGAGUCGAUGACCUCCUCGGAGAUCCAGACGGCCAGACACGUCCAGAUGGCGGAUACGCCACUCGUGGUGAUUAGCUCGGGUAUUGAAGUUCGGAAGAGUGAAAAGUGGGCGAAGAGACAGGAGGAGUUGACGAAGAUCACGAAGAAUCUCAAGAACUUUGAUAUCGUGAAGGGGGCGCCACAUGAGGUUUGGCGCGAUGUGGAGGGGAGGAGAGUUAUUGAGAAGAGAUUAGGUGAAUUGGUCAAGAAGGAUGAGUAG